AUGGUUGAAACCGAACUGACCCCGUUUGAGAAAGCUGCGAAAGAAUCCAAGCAAUUGACCAUUCCCCUCAGUAACGAUAAACUGCUCUACAUGUACGGUUUAUUUAAGGUGGCUUCGGGUGAAGACAUUGAGAAAGCACCAGCCCCUGGUACCUUUGAUUUAAAGGGCAAGGCAAAACGGAAGGCCUGGAGAGAAGUGUCGCAAUACAGUCAGAAGGAAGCGGAAGAAAAGUACAUCAAACUCAUAGAGGAGUUAAAGGAAUCUAAUGGCUUCGAUCCUAACAAGGUUCCUGAGGUUGUGGGAGGAACCAAGGCACAGGAAGUCUAA